AUGACCCUGUCUUUGGAUAAUACACCAGUUUUGAUAGCAGGUGCUGGUCCCUCUGGCCUUGUGGCAGCAUUGACACUGUUGAAGAAUGGCAUAGCUGUGCGGAUUAUCGAUAAAGAACCCAAACAUAGGAUAGGUCAACGAGGAGCGGCAAUCGCACCACGGUCUUUGGAACUUUACCAUUUUCUCGGUGUAGACGAAAUCGAGAAAAACGCAAACCCGCCCCCUUUGGUACGGACCUAUCGCCCAGGAGGUUUAGAGCCUCUGGAAACACUUCCCAUAGCCGUCCAUGUUGACCCAACACCAGCUUAUCCAUAUUUCAAUUUUGCCAUGCUAGGUCAAGACUGUGCCGAAAGCCAUCUGCAUUCACACUUAGCGAAGUAUUCUUGCUAUGUUGAAUUUGGAACUGAGUUGGUCUCCAUCGAACAACACCCGGAUCAUGUACGGGCACACCUAGUCAAAAAGCGAGAUGACCGAGAAAUCUUGGAAACCGCUCAAGUGUCGUGCGAAGGCAGCUUGGGUGAUAUUCGGGUAAAGGGUUUGGAUAAUAAGGUUUGGUCGUCGAACCUCGUCAUCGCCUUUGUUAUGCUGAACUGUCUACAGCACUGGCAUAUGUGGGGGGACAUGUCCACAAAUCUUGUUGCCUUACGAGCUACUCCAGAUUUUGGAGAAGAUGGAUUUGCGUUAUUUGCGAGCGGUCAUGGCCUUGAUACGGAGAGAAUUGCAUCGAAUCACGAUCUUCUUAUUGAUUUCCUUACAUCAGUGACUGAGCGUCAAGACAUGCACUUUGAUGUUCGUUGGGCCUCCGAUUUCAGACCUAACAUACGGAUGACGAGAAGAUUCAGGGAUGGGAGGGUUUUUCUUGCAGGCGAUGCAGCUCACGUGCACAGCCCGACUGGUGGACAAGGAAUGAAUUCCAGCAUACAAGAUACCUUCAACCUCGGCUGGAAACUUGCCCUGGUCAUCAAGGGUCUGGCCCCCCCUUCCCUCCUUGACACCUAUAGUGAAGAGCGCAUACCCGUCAUAGCGGAGAUGUUAAAAGUAACCACUGAACUUCUUGACGAUACGGCAAAAGCAGACAGAUCAACCACAGGCUCCGCCUUCAAACGCGAUCCCAGCAUGUACCAGCUUGGGGUCAAUUAUAGGGGCAGUAGUAUCUUGGUGGACGAACAGGACCUCCUGGAAAACGAGGUGGAUCCUUACGGUCUCGUCACCGAGGGCUCUCUUCAAGCCGGAGAUAGGGCUCCUGAUUCCACAGGAUUGCACGUGGUGGGACCACCUGACGAGGAAGGCAUCACUAGGUUGUUCGCCGUCUUCAAACCCUGGUUUCACACCGCCCUCAUCUUUACGAAAGACUCCUCGGACGUUAGAAUGCUGACUUCCGCUCUACGGCGUUACCCUCAGGGUACAAUACGGUGUGUCGUGCUGUCCCCGCGGGGCUCGUCUGUGUCUCGGGCGGCCGCAGGAGAUUUACACCUUGUCGAUGGUGAAGGUCAUGCCUUUAAGUGGUACAACGUCCCAGAAGAAGGUGGUAGAGUCGUGGUUGUCAGGCCAGAUGGUGUGGUUGGCGCCAUUGUCCAUGGAGUGGAGGGGUUACACCGGUACUUUGAGCUAAUAUUCUUCUCCGUCGACAGAAUUCUCGUUUAAUUAUAUCAUGAAAUUU